AUGGGGGGCGGCGCGGGCGGCGGGAAAGGCGGCGGCAAGGGACUCGACAUGAACUCCCCGCCGAUUCCGAGGAACACGACGCACAUCAAGUACCGAGCGUACACGACGGGUGACGACCUGGGCGCGGACCUCAAGGCGCGUCGCGGUCGAACCUCGCAACAACGACCGUCCCAAAUCGGUAAAACCGCGACGCAGCACGUGAAGGAGCUGACGCGGCCGACGAAGAACCUCACCGCGGGCCACCGACCGACGCCGGAGAUCAUCGAGUUCCUGAACAUGUGCGACUACACGCAUCAAGUCGAGAGCAAAGUGGACGUCGACGAGCCGCUGUUCCAGCCGUUCCCGCCGGAGGUGUCGUACCACAAGUACGACGCGUUUAAGACGUACGAGCAGCAGCUGUGGUUCCGGAACAACGACUACGUCCCGAGGAGGAUCAAAGUCGAGGACCCGCGGAGCCGGCACUUUAGCGUCAAGAGGGUGAACAAAAAAGGCGACGUGGAAUCCGGCGACGCGAGAACCGGGAAAGUCGCGCCCGGGAUGGAGGUGGCGUACAAGGUGAUCUUCUCGCCGCUCGACCAGGAAGACUACGCCGUGGAUCUCGUCGUCAGCACCGAGCGCGAGCGGUUCAUCGUCCCCGUGCGGUGCAUAGGGAACAAGCCCGCGUUGGACUUUCCGGACGUGAUCACCAUGGAACCGACGGCGGCGAAAGGGACGUCCGCGCUGACGCGCACGGUUCGAAACGUCGGCGCGAAAGCCGCCAAGUUCGCGCUGUUCGCCCCCGAGCCGUUCAGCGUGUCGCCCAGCGAGGGCUCGCUGGAGGUUGGCGAGUGCGCGCAGGUCACCUUUGGGUUCGCGCCCGACGCGUGCGGCGUCUACGAGGGAGAGAUGGAGAUCGAGAUGGGCGAAGGGCUCGACCCCGUCGUCGUCGCCCUGAAAGGCGAUGGCGUCGAGCUCGAGGUUGGGCUGUCCUCCGGGAAGUGCGAGUGCCUGCCGACGUUCAUUCACAAGACGUCGCAGCGGACGUUCAAGGUUGUGAACCUCAGCGAUCAGAUCGUUCGGUUCGAAGUCAAGAAACUCGUCGACGCGUAUCAAGAAGACGAAGCCAGGAUGCGAUGCACCGGGACGUUCGGGGACACGCUGAGAGGGCUCGCGGACUCGUACGACGAGCGCCGAGGCGGCGCGACGACGAGCGCUGGCCUGGGCGGCGCGGGAGGAAGCAGCGACGGCGACAGCGAGGGCGAGGAUGACAUUUACGGCGCGAAAGCGGUGGAGUUUGCCACGCGCGCGCGCGGUUUAGACAAAGCUCUCGCCGCGGAUCGUCUCCUGUUCGAGGACGACGACUUCACGAUAUACCCGCUCAUGGGCGAGGUCAUCCCUGGCGGGGAGACGGAGGUCACGGUGAAGUUUCACCCUUCCUCCGCGGCGGAUAUUUCGAAGACGUGUUACGUCGACGUCCAGGGAAGAGAAAACCGGCUGCCGUUGACCCUGUGCGGCGUCGCCGUCGGGCCGCUUUGCGUGUUCACGUACGACGUCUUAGACAUCGGGGACAUUUUCGUCGGCGCGGUGCACCAGUACGAGGUCGAGCUCCUGAACCGCGGCGAGAUCGAGGCGGAGUACCGGUUAGACCCGGUGAUGACGGAGAGCGGUCGGAAGUUUGCGUUUGAACCCUGCGCGGGGGUCUUAUCCGUCGGGCAAACGCAGGUGGUCACCGUGACGCUGUGCAGCGAAACGUUGGGUGACUUCGACGAGACGUUCACGUGGACGAUGGUCGGCGCGUUAGAGCCCGUGUCCAUCGACUUCCGCGGGCGAAUCAUCGGCCCGAAGUUUUCCGUGGACGCGGAAAAGAUUGACUUUGGCGCCGCGGCGUACGGGUACCGGUACGUGAAAGACUUCACGAUGCACAACGCGUGCGAGAUCCCGAUGCGGUUCAACCUGCGCGUCCCCGAGGACGUCGCGGAGAACAACGGCGACGGCGCGAGAGAGCUCGCGCUGUUCCCGCAGAGCGGGACGAUCCUGCCGUUCGGGAAGCAAGUCGUCAACGUCGAGCUCGUGUCGACGACGCCGCGCUCCUACGAAGGCUACAGCGUGAUCGUCGACGUCCCGGGCGUGGGCGACCACCUGUGGAGGGUGCCGAUAUUCGGCGAGUGCAACGUCCCGCGGCUGUCGCUGCCGUCGCCGUCGCUCGACUUUGGGCCGUGCUUCCUGCGGUAUCACUACAGCCGCAGAGUGGAGCUGACGAACCCGACGGACUUCCCCGCGAAGUUUGUCAUCGCGCCGCAAGACGAGAGGAGCAAGAGCCUCGCGCUGUGGACGGUCACGCCCGAGAGCGGGCCGAUCGCGGGCGGCGGCGUCGUCGUGCUGACGUUCACGCUGUUCACGGACAUGGUCGGGAACGUCGUCUUGCCCGUGGACGUGCGAGUCUUGGGCUCGAAAGCGCGGCCGAUGCGGAUGAACAUCGAGGCCAAGUCGCGAGGCCCGAAGCUCGUCCUAUCCGACGAGCCGGACGACCUCGUCGGGAAGUGGCGCGCGGCGAUCGACUUCGAGGAGGUCAAAGUCCUGAAGAAGAUCGACCGGACGUUCUACGUCGUGAACGACUCGUUGAUACCCGCGGAAGUGAAGACGUUCAUCGGCGGCGCGGACUCGGACUUCAGCGUGGACGUCAGGGAUAAGACGUUGGGGCCCGGCGAGUCGUAUCCGGUCACCGUGAGCGUCUUCAAAGACGAAGUCGUCGAGACGCGAGACGUCUUAAACGUCAUGGUCAUCGAAGGGAAGGACUUCACGAUCCCGCUGCGCGCGGUGGGCACCGGGUCGCUGACGACGUGCGACGACGUGGACGUCGACAACGGCGUGCGCAUGGGCGCGCAGUUUAAAGACCGACCGUUCACGAGAGAGCUCGUGGUGACGAACAACGGCAGACGCGCGCAGAAGCUCGAGUGGACCAACGUCACCGCGGACGAGUACCGCAAGGCGCACUUCGACGCGCAGGAGAGCUUCGUGAAGGCGAUGUCGAACAAGGACAACUACAACGCGGAGGACGACAUCGUGUUUCGCAUCGACCCGCCGGUGAAGACGCUUCUGCCCAAGUCCACGCACGUGUUCACCUUGACGGGCGCGGCGGACAGAGAGGGCGACGUGAUGGAGACGCUCGUGUGCCGGAACAAAGCCGCGCUGCCGAAGGAACAGAAGGAGGUCAUGAUCGUCCACGCGUCCGCGUCCGUAUCGAUACCCCUGAUGGAGUUCAGCAAAUCGCAGAUGUCGUGGACGUACGUGCACGACCCGAACCCGCACGAGCACCGCGAGACUCGGCCGUUGACGAUGAAGAACGUCAGCGCGCUGCCGAUUAGCUUCGCGUUGGACGCGGUCCCGCCGUUCUUCGUGGACGCGCCGACGUGGACGCUCGACCCGGAGGAGAGCGCGACGGUGAACGUGACGUUCGACCCGGACUACCGCGGCGACCGGAAGAGUCACUCGGUGACGAACGACAUCACGAUCGUGUACGACGAUAACCCGCACUUGGACCGCGUCGCGAUGGAGGCGUCGAUCGCGUUUCCGAACUUGAAGUUUUCGCGAGAGGAGAUCGAUUUCGGUUCCGUGUUGAACGACACGACGAAGCGCGAGCACGUGACGAUUCGGAACAGCAGCGCGCACUGCCCGGCGCGGUACGAGUGGGUGUUCGAGGUGGAGGACGAGGACCCGCACGCGGCGCUGUUCGUGAAAGAAAACGUUCGAAUCUCGCGCGUUUUAGUCGGGGAAACCGGGGCGAAACGACGCGUGAACAUCGAAGGGUCGCCCGCGAAGGUGGCCGCGCCGGAGGAGGUGUUCGACGUCCUGCCAAUCAGAGGCGAGCUCGCGCCGGGCGAGGAGGAAGAGGUUGAGAUUUCGUACUUUGCGCAGGCGCACAGCAAGAUUCGCGCGGUCGCCGUGUGCGAGGUCGAAGGCGGCCCCGCGUACGAAGUCGCGCUGAAAGCCGAGGGCAUGGAGAUCAAGUACAAGCUCGACGUCACCUCCGUCGAUUUCGGCCGCGUGAAUUUCAACGAGAAGGAAGAGCGAGGGGUGACGCUCCUGAACACCGGACGCGUGACGUUUCCGUUCAAGGUGAACGUGAAGGAGAUGGAACGAGACGUCCUUCAGGUGUUCCCUUCCGAGGGGUCGCUCGCGUCCGGGGAGUCGAUGACGUUUACGCUCGCGUUUUCCCCGGGCAUUCCGGAGAAAAUAUUCGAGACGUUCACCGUCGACGUCGCGCACUUCGAGCCGAUCGAGAUCGCCAUCAGGGGCGAGGGCGUCUUUCAGAUGAUCGCCCUGAGCCUGCCGAGGGACGUCGACGACGAGGCGGAGAAAUUCAUCGAGGAAGCGACCGAGCGGUUACGAGAGCUCGGCCCUUCCGACCUCUUAAACCUCGACUUGCGCGGCGGCGUCGAGGAACCCCCCGAGAUCGUCGUGAAGAAACCCGACGCGGAAGCGAAGGCGACGACGACGCCGUUUCGAACCACCGCGCUGACGGGCCUCCACGCGUUACGAUCGAACACGCACAACGAGUGGCGCCCCGGGAGCGCGAACGUCGCGGACGGCGGGUACGGGUACGAGACUGGCUACGGCAGCAUCGAGCACGAGAUGUUGCGAAAGACGCGCGGCGACCGGCCGAAGAAGCCGAAACACUGGCGGCCGUCGAACUGGCGGCCGAUCACGCUGCCGACGAACCGCGGCCUCACCCCGGACAUGAUGCGAGAGACGUGGAACACGCGGAUGCUGUACGACGGCGCGACGGCGCGAGGACGGGGCGAGGACGGGGCGUCGAGCGUCGGGGAUGGCGGCGACGGCUUCGCCGCGGGUUCCGUCGACGAGCGCGAGAUCGCGGACGACGGGAAGUACCACCCCACGGACGCGGAGAUCGCGUACGAGGCGGACCGACUGCGUCUGAAAGCGGAGCUUCUGCGCCGAGAGAAGGAUCGCAGAGACGCCGACGCGGAGCGCGCCGCGGCGAUCGAACGCGGCGAGAUUCCCGCGGAGUCGUCGUCUUCUCCGCCCCAGCCGCCUCGGUCGCCGGGCCUGGGUCUCAGCCCCGGCCCGCCGAGAGGGUCGCGCCCGAGCUCGCUCCCGCCGCGGUCGCGCGCGCCGAGCGCGAGCGCGCGGCCCAGCACGCUCGCGUCGCAGCGCAGAGCGGACGCGGCGAUGGUCGCCAUCACCGCGCCGCCGGUUGGUAUAUCGUCCAAGACGUGGAACUACGGCGCGCGCGUCCCCGUCGUCGCGGCGCGAUACGUCUGGGAUUUCGGCGACGUCACCAAGGGAGCGGUGCUGCACAAGCGCGUGCGCGUGCAGAACGUCAGCGAGCAGAGCAUGAGCUUCGGGUGGGACCAAAACGAGCUCGACGCCGGCGGGUUCUCCGUCGCGCCGCGGAAGAUGCCAAAACUCACGGGCGGUCCGUGGUACAGUUUCACCGACGUUUCGCUGACGCUCGACACGAACCUCGAGCACGUCGUCGAGGGGGAGCUGAAGGUGGAGGUGCCCGUCUACGUCAAGGGCGCGCCGCGAGCGAUGGUGACGCUGAAGGCGACCGUGACCGUCCCGGACGUGACGCCGUCCGAGGAGACGCUCGAUUUCGGCGACGUGAGGGUCGGGCACGCCAAGGUUAUGUACUUUCAGCUCGUGAACGAGAAGAUCGUCGCGUGCGAUUGGGGGGUGAAGCGCCCGCCGCGGCAGCAGGUGGCGUACGGGCAAGUUCGAGACCCGCCGCCGCCGUUCAAGUUCGCGCCCGCGCGCGGGCGGCUCGAGCCCGGGGAGCGCGUCACGAUCAAGUGCAAGUUCGCCCCGGACUGGGUCCCCCCGAGAGGGUGGAACUAUCACGCGGCGAUUAAGGUUUCGCACAACCCGAAAAACGUAAUCGUGCGGUGCGUCGGCGCCGGCCACGCGCUCGGCGUGCGGUGCGACCCGCCCGAGCUCGACCUGGGGUCCGUGCUCCCGCAGGCUGCCAUCGCGGCGCUCGCGGCGCGACCGAGGCCGGAGGACAUGCCCGAGGACGAGGAGCCGCAGCUGUCCGCGCCAGUGGUGCGGGAGAAGACGGUGUGGCUCGUCAACGAAGGCGAGGAGGACGUGGAGGUGUUUUGUCCGGAUUUCGACGCGCGGCAUCUCGCGGACGAGGACGCGCUGAGACACGCGGAGGGGCUCGAGGAAGGCAAAGAGGGCGCGCGGUUGUUGCUGCCCACGCGCGAGGCUGGCGAGGGCCUCUGGCCGCACAUUCUCGAGGCGGACGCGAAGCGACGCGAGGCGGAGGAAGCCGCCGCCGCCGCGGAAGCCGGCGAGGACGCGCCGCCUCCCGCGACGGAAGAGGUAGGCGGCGAAGUCGGCGAGCUCGAAUCCCCCGAGGAGGGCGAGGGCUCCCCCGAGGACGCCGCCCCGCCGCUUCUCGACGCGGACGGGACGCACAACAUCCUCCUGACGUCCGCGCCCUUCGCGUCGCCGUGCGCGACGGAGGCGUUCGCCGCGAAAUAUUUCGUGCCCGUCUUGAACGUCGACGAGUGCGUCGACGCCGCGGCCGAGGCGUUCGGCGCCGUCGGCGACGCGGUGAGGAAAGAACUCGGUCUCGCGCCGCUCGUCCUCGAGGGCGACGUCGUCGUCGAGGAGACGACGACGACGCCGCCCGCGCCCGCGGAGAACGGCGACGGCGACGCGGCGGAGACGACGACGGCGGAGGAGGAGGAGGAGGAGAAGGAGGAACCGAGCGACGGCUUACUCAAGUCGGCGACGCUGACGGCCGUCCUCCAGGCUGAGAUCGCGGCGCGGUACUCCGAGUCAGGCUUCCUCGUCGACGGCGUCGCGUCCAGCAAGGCGGCGCCCGCGACGGUCGCCGCCGCGCUCGCCGCCGCCUUCGGCUUCGCCAUGGUGGACGCCGCGCCGCCGGAGAAGCCGGAGGACGCGCCAGAGGACUGGACGCCUCCGGAGAUGGAGGAGGGCGUGUUCGUGCUCAAGGGCGACGGACUCAAGCGACUGACGGUCAUCUCCCUCGACGUGAGUGACGAGGUGGCGGGGAAGCGCGAGAAGGCGGCCGCGGACGCGGAAGCCGCCGACGCGGACGCAGCCGCCGACGCGGACGAAGCGCCCGCGCCCGAGGCCGAGGCGCCUCCCGCCGAGGCCGAACCGCCCGCGGAGGGAGAUGCCGACGCCAACGCCGACGCCGAGGCGGACGCCGAGGCGGAACCCGCCGAGUCACCGGAGGAGCCGUACGAGUACGCGAAAGCCGCGGAGGCGGAGGCGCACCGCGUCCUGAUGACGGAAAUUCUUCCGCUGUUCGGCAAGCCCGGCGCGCCGGAUAACCACGCGAUCGUGUGCGUCGUGGACACGAACGACCUCGCGGAGUUCACGCUCGACGCGGUCGUGGAGCUCGGGAUGGAAUCGUGCGCGCUGCCGAUGCCGCCGCACCCGCCCGAGUGGGUCCCGCCGCCGGAGUUGUACGAGGUGGUGGAGCGUCCGGCGGAUCGGUUCCCGAGAAGGGCGGUGACGCACUUUGAGAUUCUCACGCCGGCGAUUCAGCCGCGCUGGCCGGGUCUCGGGCCCGAGGAGGAGGAAGACGCCGCCGACGCCGACGCCGACGCCGACGCCGGAGAGGCGGACGGCGAGGGCGCGCCGCCCGCGGACGCGCCGGCCGAGACGGACGCGGAGCCCGCCGCCGACGGAGACGCGACCGAGACGGACGCGGCGGCGGCGGAGGAGGAGGAGGAGCCGGAGGUCGUGAUGGAAAAAAAGUCGCGAUGGAUCAUCCCCGCGGGGAACGCGGUGCAGGUCGUGAUCCGGUUCACGUCCGAGGACUGCGGGAACUUCUUCGAGGAGAUCGGGUUCGAGGUUGUCGGCGGGAAGCGGGGCGUCGAGCUCGGCGCCAGCGGCGCGUGCGACUACCCGAAAAUUUCGGACAACUACCGCAACGUCUACUACAAAAAGACGAAAGUCCGACCGUCCUCGCCGGACGUGCGCAAGACGUUCGUCAUCUCCAAAGACCCGACAAUCCCGGGGAAGUACGAGUUCGGCCCGCUGCUGUGCGACCGCCCGAAGGUGGUCGUACCCGCGCCCGCGGGGGCGUCGACGGCGCCGGUGGCCGAGGAGGGCGACGACGCGCCGCCCGCGGAGGGCGACGACGCGCCUCCCGCGGAGCCGCCGGCGGAGGAGCGAGACCCGGAGCAAAACGUCGAGAAGUUUCGUAUCACGAACAACGGCCUCUUCGACCUCACCGUGGACUUCACCGUGGACGAAGAGGGCGUCCCCGCGCCCGGCGAAGAGACGGGCGCGGAGGACGAGAAGAAGCCCACCUUUACGGUGUCCCCGAAGCGCGCGACGCUCGCGGUGGACGAGACGCGCGAGCUCGUCGUCGUCGCCACCGCGCGCGAGGUUGGCCUCCGCGAAGCGCGCGUCGUCGCCACCGUGGUGGACAACCCGACGCCGUUCGAGUUCCCGGUGUCGUGCGUCGGCGUGAAGCCCCGCGUGAAGCUGGCGAUCAAGGCGGACGAGGAGGACGCCGCGCCCGCCGCGCCGCCAGAGAAGACGCGCGAACCCGCCGCCGACGCGGCGGAGGGAGAGGAGGGCGCGCCGCCCGCGGAGCCCGAGCCCGAGCCGGCGCCCGAGCCGGCGCCCGAAGAGGACCUCGACGCGGAGCCGGAGGAGCUCCUCGUCGAGUUCGAGCGCUUGCUGUGCGGCACGAAGGAGACGAAGACGCUCGUGAUUAAGAACCCGACGUUGCUCCCCGUGCGGUGGAAGCUCAACCUUCCCGAGGUUGAAACCCCGGAGGAGCCGGAGCCGCCCGCGGAGCCGGAGCCGCCCGCGGAGCCGCCCGCGGAGGGCGAGGCGCCCGCGGCGGACGCGGCCGCGGCGCCGGAGCCCCCCCCGCCGCCGAGGCCGGACUUUGUCAUCUCCGAGACGGAGGGCGUGCUGCCGGCGCUCGGCGAGACGCUCGUGAAGAUGUCGUUCAGCUCGGAGGAACCGAAGGAGGCGGAGCUCGCGUUCACGCUGGACGUGUUCGACGAGAAGUCGCUCCUCCCCGCGGCGAGGUCGCACCCGAUGAAGCUCACCGCGGAGGCGUUCACGAUCGACAUCGACGUCAAGUACCCGGGCGAGGAGGAGGACGCGUCCGGGAUCGACUUUGGGCUGGUGAAGGCGACGGAGGAGGCGGAGAGGACGUUUUCGUUUGCAAACGCGGGCAAGUACGCGGUGCGUUACGCCUUUGACGUUCGAAACGCGAAGACCGCGGCGAUGCUGACGCUCGAACCCGGCGAAGGCGACGUCGAGCCCGGGGAGUCCGCGGAGAUUAUCGUCAAGUUCAACGCGAACAAACUCCUGGACCGCGAGGUGACGCUCGUGAACAACGCGGACGUCGGGCUGAUGAUCUCCGAGCCGGUGACGGGGGCGAAGCGCGACCGCGUCCCGAUUCGCGUGUCGCUGCGCGCGGCGUUUACCAAGUACCAGAUCACCCCGCUCAAGGGCGUGAACUUUGGCCCGCUGCUGUACAACACGACGUCGGAGCCCAAGACGUUCGAGGUGGCCAACGUCGGCGAGUUCCCCUUUGACUUUAACCUGUUCAACUACGGCGCCGCGGGCACGCUCGCGGAGGGCGAGGAGCCCGAGUUGGACGAGGACGGCAACCCGAAGAAACCGGGCCCGCCGCCGAAGACGGAGGGCGAGAGCCUCGAGCUCGGCGCGUUCACGGUGACGCCGCCGACGGGGACGAUCGAUCCCGGGGAGAACGUCACGAUCACCGUCGUGUUCGCCGCGGAGAACGACCGGAAGUUCACCGAGCUCGCGGGGAUCGACGUCACGGACAGAGACCCCUCCGAUCAGCCGCUCGGGAUUCCGUACGAGAUCGCGGGCGAGAGCUGCAUCCCGGGCAUCGACUGCGAGGACGUCGGGAACAUCUUCGAGGAGCAUAAGAUCGUCUCCGCGCUCGAUCCGUUCUCGCCGGAGGGGUGCGUGUUCGCGAAGAGGGACAAGGUGUUCUCCUUCGGCGCGGUCAUCGCGCGCGCCGCGGCGGAACCCCCCGAGGGCGGCGAUGACCCGGAGAGGCCGCCGGAGACGGACGCCGAGUUCACCAAACGCGGCGGCGUCGUCGCGAGCUUCAAGAUGUCCAACCCGAACAAGGUACAGUGCACGGUCGACUUCACGGUCAAGCCGAGAGGCGACGACGCGACCCCGGAGGGGUCGACGUUUCCGAUCACGAUCUCCCCCGAGACGUUGGAAAUCCCCCCGCACGAGCACCGGUACAUCCGCGCGCGUUUCCUCCCUCAGGAGAUGACCACGUACGCCGCGACGUUCGACGCGAUCGUGCGCGAGGGCGGCGACCCGAAGACGAAGCAGUUCAGCUGCGAAGUCAGAGGCGACGGCACGCUCCCGCACGUCUCCGUGGAGGAGCCGAGCGCGUUGUCCGAUGACGGCAAGCCGCGGCUGGCGUUCCCGCGUCUUUUGCUCGGCAAGUCGAUCACGAAGCCGAUCAUCGUUCGAAACAACGGCGUCGUCCCCGCGACGUGCCGGCUUGACAUGCCGUUCUCCGAGCACUUCAAAGCGCUCGGGGUUGGGCAGACGGUCACGCUCGCGCCGGGCAAGGCGCACGUCGUGAGGGUCACGUUCAGCGCCGGGGACGCCGCGGGGGAGCGCGAGUGUUCGCUGCGAUUAAACGUCAAGGACAACGACUUCGCGUCGCAGACCAUCUCCGUCGCCGGCGUCGGGUACGAAGAAGAGAUCGUCUUCGUCGGCCUGCCCGAGGGUUUAGACGACGAGCUCAGGUUCGACGACGGUCCGAUCGGCGACGCGCGGUCGGUGACGUUUUAUAUCAAGAACGUCGCGAAGAAGCACGUCCGAUUCGAGUGGCCGGAGGAGGACGCGGAGAACCCGCCGGAUUUCACGUUUAAACCUCGCGUCGGGCACCUGCACGUCGGCGCUUCGAAAGCGAUCGAGGUGACGUUCACCCCGAAGGAGGCGGUCAAGCACGACGCGCUAGACCUGGGGUUGACGCUCACGCCGAUCGAGUACGUCGAGCCCGCGCCGGAGGCGGCGGAGCGCGAGGCGCCGCCGCCGCCGACGCCCGCGCCCGCGAUCGAUUGGGACGACUCGAAGACGGUCGACGUCGAGGUCCCGGUCGAAUCGGAGGAGGGCGCGGAGGACGCGCCGCCGCUGGCGCCGCCCGUCGAGGGCGGCGAAGAUGGCGCGCCGGCGCCGGCGCCGGUUCAGACGCGAACCGUCGCGCAGCCCGCGCCGGAGCCGCACCACGUCUCGACCCUCGCGGAGGGCGAGACGCCGAAGACGACGACGUUGCGAACCUUCGCGAUCGCGGACGACGCGCGGUUCGAGUGCGACGUGAAACCGAUCGCGUUCCGGCCGACGAUGAUGUUCCAGACGCGGACGUUCUCGUUCCCGCUGAAGAACGCGUCCACCGCGCGCCUGGAUUACGACUUCCAGGUGCAAGAGCCCGGCGGCGGCGAGAUCGACGACGGCCCGUUUGAGAUUCGACCGGCGAGCGGGUACGUCGACGCCGGCGAGACGGCGACGAUCACCGUGCGGUUCUCCCCGACCGAGGUCAUGCCGUGCGCGCGUCAGCUCGUCUGCGCGUUCCCGAACACGAACCUCGGCGAAGGGAUGACGCCGCUCUCCGUGCCUCUGAACGGGAAGGUGUUGCGGCCGUGGUGCCACUUUGAGCUCGCGGAGAGCUCGUACCUGUCGUCCGGUCGACGCGCCGUAGGCCUUCCCGGCCCCGGCGGCGACACCGGGCCGUUAGACCCGAUGACGAAAGUCCUCGAGUUUGAAUCGCUCGGGACGAGGGUCAAGAACACGCGUCGGUUCAUGGUUCUGAACCCGACGUCCGUCGCGUACGAGUUCAAGUGGGACGCGGUGUCCUCCGGCCCCGCGGCGCCCAAGUCGGCGUUUCGAUGCCUCACGUCGGGCGGGACCAUCGCGCCCGGGAAAAAAUACGAGAUGGUCUUUGAGUACACGCCGACGACGGAGGACCUCGCGGAGAGCUUCUUCGACUUUACGAUCGAGACGAGAGGGAUCAAGGUGCCGUUCUGCCUCGUCGGGAACGUCGUCGAGCCGUCCGUCGCGUUCGACGUCUCCACGAUCAACUUUGGAAAGACGCUCGUGGGGUCCAAGGUUGUCGAGACGGUGUAUCUGCACAACAACGAGCACAUCCCGUUCGGGUUCACGCUGGAUAAGUCCACGUACGAGAUACCUCUCCCCGGGUUCGUCGGGGAGAGGCCGAAACGACCCGCGCUGAGGUUUGAACCCGACACCGGGGUCAUCGCGCCGCACACGUCCGUGCCCGUCUCGAUCACGUUCCAACCCGGGCUGGAGAAGGCGCUGAAUUUCAACGUCGCCGCCGUCGUGCACAAAAAGCCGACGCGGCUGACGUUGAACGUCAAGGGCGAGGGCUACGCGAUCCACGAGAUCGUGGAGCUCGACGUCCCCGCGGUCGGCGGCGUGAACACGACGACGCUCGCGCCCGCGCCCGGGAAGAACGCGCUCGACUUGGGGCAAGUGCUCGUGAACGAGAGGGUGCUGCGGGAGAUCACGUUCGUGAACAGAGGGGAGAUUUCGUACGAUUUCGCCUGGGACGCGGGCCCGAACCCGAGGGUGACGAUCACCCCGCCCACGGCGACCGUCGGCAAGGGCGAGCGGCUGACGUGCCAGCUGGAGUACGCGUCGAACGGCGUCGCGUCGUUGGUGGACUAUCCCGUGACGUGCGCCAUCGUGAACGGCAGAAGGUACGCGCUCGCCUUGAACGCCGUCGGACAUCGACCGAAGCUGCAGUUUUCGUGCCACGCGCACGACUUUGGCGCCGCGUUCGUGCACAAGCCGGGAAUGACCCCGCUCGUGCACGACCUCGUCGUGAAGAACAACGACAAGGAGCCGUACGAGAUUGACUGCUUGUUCGACCACGCCUCCUCGCCGUGGCUCGCGGUGGGCGACUCCCCCGCGAGCUUGCAGCCCGGCGCGGAGGCCAAGGUGCCGCUGACGUUCACCCCCGACGCGGCCGAGCGGUACUCGACCGUCGUGCCGUUCCAGGUGAACGGCCUGUACGUCGUGAACGUGUCCGUCAAGGGCGAGGGCGUCCCGCUCAGGGUGGAGAUGAUCGAUCGCCCCGUCUCCGGGGACGUCCCGUUUGGGCGCCUGCGCGCGACGCAGUCGGCGACGCGCGAGUUCAAGUUUGUCAACCGAUCGCGCCUCCCCGCGACGAUUCGUUUGGACGACGCGUGCGUCGAGGCGCUCGAGCAGCACGGCGUGACGCCGGCGACGAAGAAGGACGCGGGGGCGAUCGUGAUCCCUCGCGGGGGCGUCGGCGGGGUGUCCUUGACGUACGCGCCCGCGAGGCGUCAGCGCGAGUUUACGGAGGAGGUCAAGGUGAUCGUCGAGGGCGUCCCCAGGGUCGUGUGCUCGCUCUCCGGCGCGUGCCUCGGCACGGAGCUCAAGCUCACGACGGAGACGGUCGCGUUCGGCACGUGCACGCUCGGCGCCGCGUCCACGAGGCGCGUGCAGCUGCAAAACACCGGCGACGUCCCGACGAAGUUUACGUUCGACCGGUCGAGGUUCACGAGAGACUUCACGAUCUUCCCGCACACGGGCGUCGUCGCGCCGGACACGAACGCGAAGAUCGAGAUCACGUUCCACCCCGCGGAACUCUCGGACGAUAUCCGAGCGGAGAAGAUCCCGUGCGUCGUCGACGGCGGCGAAGACCUGUCGAUGACGCUCACCGGCGCGUGCGCCGAGGCGGAGACGUCGGAUGAGAAUAAACUCUCCUUCCGCGUCAACGUCCGAAGCGAGGCGACGCAAUCCAUCUCGGUGACGAACCCGACGGACACGCCGUGGACCCUCUCUCCGACGUUCACGACGGCGACGACGGAGACGGAGGGCGGCGGGGAUCGAACCGGCGGCGCGUGCGAGCACUGGCGAGGGUCGGAGGUGAUCGUCGUCCCCGCCGGCGGCGACGCGACGUACGACGUCGUCUACGCGCCGCUGGCGAUGUCCACGGAGGACGCCGCGCACCACGCGACGCUGUCGAUCGCGCUGCCGGACGGCACCGUUCAGGCGCACGCGCUCGAGGGAGUCGCGGACGCGCCGGAGCCGAGCGGCAGCGCGAGCGCGGAGGUGAAGGCGAAGUCGCCCGGCGCGGUGUCGCUCUCGGUGCGCAACUGGCUCCCUCGGCGGCAGCGGUUCAGGGCGACGGUGGAGAUCGACGGCGCGCCGGACCCGUCCACGACGCUCAGAGGGCCGGACUACCUCGACGUUCCCGGCGGCGCGACGCGCGAGUACAAGCUCGGGUUUUACUCGCACAAGGAGGGCACGACGAGGGCGAAGGUGACGUUCACGAACGAUGAGACGACGGAGUACGCGUUUUACGACGUGUCGGUGACGUCGACGCCCGCGGACGUCGUUCGCGUCGUGGACAUCAACAGCACGGUCCGAAUGCGCGCGAGCGCGGGGAUCACGCUGCACAACCCGCUCGACGUCGCGGUCACGCUCGCGGCGUCGUGCGAGUCCCGCACGGCGACGACAGAUCCGUCGAUCACGAUCGAGCCGAGGAGCAAGGCGACGUUCAACGUCAACUACCGACCGCUCGUCGUAGAGAAGAAUUUGGAGGUUCCGCUCACGUUGACGUGCGACGAGCUCGGGACGUUCGCGUACACGCUCGUGCUGUCGUCGUCGCCGCCGCCGCCGGAGCGCGGGCUGACGUUCAGCGUCCCGCUCGGCGAGAGAGAGACCAAGGCGUUCAAGUUUACGCACUUUCACCACGAAAAGGCGGACUACGACGUCUCGUUCACGACGCCCGACACGGCGACGGAGUUCUCCUGCCCAGCCGCCGUCGCCGCGCACCCCGCCGGGGACGACGGCAUGGAGGCGGAGGUGGAGGUGACGUUCGAGCCCGAGCGCGUCGGCGGCGGCGUCAAGGCGACGAUGCGCGUCGUGUCCGCGGACGCGGGAGAGUACGUCUGCCCGGUGGUGGGACGGUGCACGCCGCCGAAGCCGCGCGGGCCGAUCGACGUGCGGGGCGGCGCGGGGGCGGUUACGUUUAAAAACGUCUUCGCGACCGAGUGCGAGUUCACGAUCACGUCGGAUAACCCCGCGUUCGAGGUGGCGCGGACGGAGACGAUCGCGGCCAAGACGGAGAAGGAGAUCGCGGUGAAGUUUACGCCGGGCGACGACGCGCCGAAGACGGCGAAGCUUCUCAUAUCGUGCGACAAGGUUUCGACGCCGUUCGUGUAUUACCUGAGAGCGACGGGCGCGUGA